AUGGCCCGCCCCCUGCGAGACUCCCCCGGGCAUGUCAACGGGCUCACGUCCCCAGGCAUAACCCCGCUCCGCAUAGCGAAACGCGAUGGUUUCAGCCCUCCACCUGGCGAAGCCCUUUUGUCACCCAAACAACCCUCAUCUCAGAAGAUGCAUGUCUCCCAGCUCUCUCGUCGACAAUCGAACACGUACAGUCGCCUGACCAAGGGCGGUCUAGUCUCGAAGUCGCCCUUCCGUAGCUCCAUACCUGUUUCGUCCCCUGCGAAGACGCAAACGGUUGGUACGAGGAAGGUAAGCGGGGAGAAACGUCCUCGCCCGUUAUCACUUCAAGGCCAAUGGGAGAAUGAGAACGGGCGCCCCUUGGGGUACAAACGGCGUCAGUCGAAGGGUUUCCAGGGCCUUCAGGAGCAGGAAUAUGUCUCCAAAUCUCCCUUCAGGCGGUCGACGAGCGAUGCUAGCAGCACCGGAAGCUCGGAGCGGGAGCAAUCACAGCCUCCACCCGUUCCUCCAAAGGCACCCACGACCCCGACGAAAGCCAGGCCGAGUCGCGUACCGGUCCCUUCUUUGACACCCGAGGGCGUACCGGAAGCAGCUGGUCCUAGUGCGUCAAGAGAUACCACGAUUGAGCAAGCGCAUGCUCGCCUGUUAGCAGAAACCGCGUCCCUCAGCGCACCUCCUUCGCAAAGCAACGGCUUCUUGCAACCUUCUCCCCGCUCCAUCCUUGCCUCUUCGCCUGGGAGCGCCGGAUCCCCCGCCAGGUCAUCGCUCAAGUCGAAGCGGCUGCUCGGUCCUCGCGACGAGGGCUCGCGGCGGGAGCGAAGGAAGACCGUCACGUGGGAUGAGCGGUGCGACGUGGUCGAGUUCGACCGCGAGUCGAGCAUGGAGGAUCCCUUCUUCUCUGAUGAAGAGGAGGACGAUUACUUUGGGCACGAUGCCCGACCGGAGGAGGUGGGAGAUGAUAGCAUGGAUGUGGAGAGAAGUGCUGAGGACGAUAUGGGAGAUGAGAAGGCCUCCAUCGAGAUGGGCGCCGAGGACAGUAUUGUUGGACUGGUCGACUCCAUGCUGCAGGACGCGGGCGAAGAUCGCGAACCGCGCACGCCCACACACGAGCAUCCGGACAAGGGCCACAUGCUCAUGGAUGAAGGGAUCGACAAUGAGGACGGCGUACCUUACGGGCGAACUCAUCAUGCGGAUCGCGCGAAGGCCGCACAUCAGCAAGGCUACUUCGACCAUCCGCCUCCGAUAUCCUCGACCCCGCCGCUGAGCACGUCGCCCCAUACCCGUUCCCUCACCCUUACACCCCCGGCUCUGGCCAGUACUCCACCGAAUUCCAAUCGUCGUCCCAACCCGGAGCUGGGCCCAACCUCACCAGGCUCGCACGUACCAUUAGGGAGGACGUCGCAUGCGGAGCGUGCCCGUGAGGCCCAUCGGCGCGACAUCGACGACAUAGAAAACGAUGUUAUGCAACUACCUGCUAGUCCGAGUCCCGUUAAGCGUUCGAGUACUGGCAGUCACAUCGGUGGCCUUGUUCCUAGGAUCGGAUUGCCUGCUAUCAGUGGUAUGGAUAAUCUGGCGCACGCUGUGGCCUCUUCGGUUAACAUUCGAUCGAUAGGUUCGGUACCGAGCCUUUCAGCGUCUUCGUCGCAGGAUCCAUUUGGCUUACCUGAUAUGAAAAGCGAACCUGGUGCCGAUGGCUCUCUCUCCUUCAAAUCCGAGUCUUCUGUCCAGGAGGUGGCCGUUAAGGAGGAAGAGCUGGAAUCGGUAGAUCUUAAUGCCGCAAGCGCCCACCCGCGAAACUCUAGCCACGGCCGCGACCAGGGCUCGCACGUUGGCCACGAAGACGCUGAUAAAAGUUCGCUUUCGACUAACGACGAGUUCCACGACGCUUUCGCUGAGUCACACGACGAAUCGGAAGCGGAACAUGGCCAACUGAAUCGCAGCAUAACGUCCAUCGGGCAGUCUGACGUGUCUAUUUCUGGAUUCGAAGCUGCCCUGGGCCGGACUUCGACGCCACCGCUCAGCCCACCCGCUCCUCGUUCUGGUUCGCCAUUCGUGCGCGGUGGCUCUCCGUUCGCACGCUCCGGGUCUCCGUUGAUUGGCCGCGCUGCCUCGCCGCUGACCAGAGCCGAGGGUGAAGAGAACCUUGAGGGAAGCCUUAACGGAAGGCGUAGCCCACGCAUAAGCAGGGAGGAUGUCCACAGGCGACUUCUCACCCGGCGUUCCUUGGAAAGCCCCUUACGGGAGCUAGGACAGGGCGAAGCCUCUACCACCGGAGAUUCUACGGCGGCCCAGCCCGGUAGAACCCUUCCUCGGCUCAGCAACGAAGCCCCCGCCACCGAACCUUCGAGCGCGGAAACUAGUGUGGCUACUGGAUCUGAUUGGCGGGACGCGACGUUCGAGCGUGCGGAGAGGCACCAUGUCAGCAUGCGCCGCGAGGACAACUACACAUAUGACGGCGUCAUGAGCAUCGAUCCCGAGCCAGCACCCCAAGACCCUCCGCGACCGAACGUGUUACGGCGGGCCGGAACGGAAGUAGACAUGGAAGGCAACAAGCUACAAGUUGUCAGCUCUUUCGAGGGUCUCAACAUCGACUUCGCAAAACAUGGCACGGAGGUCGAAUCCCUCGGUGACAUGCGGAGCGCACUCGACCGUCUCAUGGAAGAUGUAGCCAGCAGCGUCGACGGUGCCGAAGGUGUCUUGACUUCUCCUGGCCGUCACUCGAAGUUCGCAACGGAGAUGCGGGGCUCGGGCAGCGGAAUGCGUCGGAGCCAGGCCAUGUGGAGGAUGGAAGCCAUCGUUACGGAAGGUGUUAAGCCCGGCCGUUUCGAGGUGCCGCCCGACGCGGAGGUGGAUGAAAGCAUGAUGACGGAGAUGACAGAGGAACCGGACAACUCGAACGACACAGGUCGCGGAAGUGAUCACGCAGGCAGCUUAGAGUCAGCGGACACCGAGCGCGGCCUCAUCAGCAGCAGCUUCAAGACGCCGCCGACAAGCCGGCCUUCUAGCGAAUCUCCGAUCCCUCCGCCUCCCCCACCCAAGGAUGCGAUUCGCACGAGGGAAGAAAUGAUCCUGGAAAAGCGGCGAGAAGCCCGUCAACGAGAGGAAGAUGAAGCCAUGGGUCGUGCGACCCCUCCGCGCGUUACAUAUCCUCAGGAUGACCGCCCGAAGCAAAGGCGAAGCACGAGCACGACGGACGCCGAAAUUGUCCAGACGCGAGCUGGCAAGGAAGUGAUCCUUGACGUUCCAGUGGAUGAAGCUGACCAGCUCGCGGACACUAUUGCCAAGGAACUGCACAAACGUGAUGGAACCAACCAGAAAUAUUUUGUUCGCGAGCGGGAUACGACCAUAUACGCCUCAUCAGAUGCAGGGCAUGGACCCCAGUCGGAUCACGCCGGUAGUGCCAGCAAUGGCAGGGCAUGGAGAACAGUACGGCGGCCUUCAGAUAUGAACGAAUACGCCAAGCAAAUCAAGGAGUAUCGCGCGCAGCAAGGAGGAAAAGCCCACGGUAAAGUCUUCGUCAAAGUUGUCGGCGUCCGGAAUCUCAACGUUCCUUUACCUCAGCAAGCGACUGCUAUGAGUUGUACGCUCAACAACGGAAUUCACUACGUGACAACACCAGAAUGCCGGCUAUCGCGUGACUGCCGCAUCGAGCAAGAGUUCGAGCUGAUUGAACAUAGCAAGCUUGAAUUCACUCUGACUCUCAAGAUCCGGCGAGACCCUCAUAUCAUCGCACAGUUCAAGGCCAACGCCGCUCCGCCUCCACCGCCGCCUGUUCAGCAAGCUCCACCCCCGGCUUCCAAAGGCGGUAUGCGCAGCUUCUUCUCUUCGCCGAAGAAGCACAAGCAAGUGGCGCAGCCUCCACCGCCUGUUGCACCCGUGCAUCGGCUUGAAGAGAAUCUCGCUCGGUAUCUCAAGCCUGAUGGCACAUUAGCACGCGCAUUCGUCUCUUUCAAGGACAUUGCCCAGUGGUGCGACACGCGCGUGUUCGAAAUGAGCUGUCCCUUGAUUGGUCAGAAGAUCGAGGCGGGGAACAAGGUAUCAACGCUACAAGUCGGCGAGCUGGCCUUGCAGAUCUUCCGCUUCCCUUCUUUGCCAGGCGUGCCCGCGGAUCAACUCCCGCAGAGCCUGGACGAAUGUCUCAGGGGCAUGCGACACGUUGCCUGGCAUAAGGUGACCUACUUCGAAGGCACCUUAACACAGAACGGCGGAGACUGCACUUCGUGGCGCCGUCGCCAGUUACGGGUCAUUGGCGCCAACUUGGUUGCAUUCAACGAUGUGACCAAACGCGCCACAGCCACCAUAGAUCUCCGCAAGGCUAUUGCGGUCGAGGACGACCAAGCACGGACAAGUCUUCUGUUGAGCCCUGCUUCCGACCCCGCAGCCCGCAGCCGCUGGGUUGAAGAAUUUGACGGCCCAUGCGGCGUCGAGCGGUCUUUCCGAUUGAUCUUCCCCGCUGGCGAGGAGAUUGCAUUCUUCGCCGACACGGAUGAGGAAAAGGCAAAAUGGCUCGAGCUUCUCCGUGCCUUGGUUGGCAGGAUCCCACCAAACCCGUUAUGGGCAGAACUGCUAUGGUUACGCCAAGCUGAACUUGCCCGUCAAGAUACAGUAUCUCCGUCGUCGUCCGGUUACUCAGCAAGACAAUAA